AUGGCCAAAAUCUUCGACAAUGUCGUCUCAGUAGAUUCAUCGCAGCAUCCGCUCAGUGGACUGUGGAAGCCUACGCACCUUCAGCGACUUCACUAUGGGCCUGGUAGUGUAGAUAGGCACUUGCUGGAAUGCCUGCCGAACGAGAACAGCAAGGCUUUCAUCAUCACCGGCUCCUCGCUCGCAAACAAGACCGGACUUAUCAAGCAAGUCGAGAAGCUUCUUGGCAAGCACCAUGCCGGCACCUUUGACAAGAUAGGCCAACAUGCACCCGUGAAGCAGCUCGACGAGGCUACAGAACUGGUCUUGAAGGACGAGAGCAUCGACACCAUCAUCUCCGUCGGUGGUGGGAGCCCCAUUGACUCCUCAAAGGCCAUCUCGUAUCGUCUGAACGAGCGAAAGAAGGAAGCAGGAGGAGGUCAAUUCUUAUACCAUAUCUCCAUACCAACGACACUCAGUGCGGCGGAGUGCACACUCGGCGCAGGCUACACAAACGAGAAUGGUAUGAAAACAGGCGUCGCAGCUCCUCAGCUAGCACCGAGUGUGAUACUGUACGACAGCACAUUCGGCUUGGAAACACCUCCGUGGCUCUUCAUGAGCACAGGCAUGCGUGCCAUGGACCAUGCGAUGGAGCUCAUGUAUCACCCGACGUCAACGGAGAUGCCGUGUAGAUGGAUGGCGAUGUUCGCGGCUGGCGAGCUGUUUAAGAAUUUGCCAAAGUACAAGCAGAACCCCAAGGACGAGGAGGUGAUCACGCGGCUGCAAUUGGCUGCUUUUGCAUCUCUCGGCUUCCUCGCACUGAACGUAAAAGGCGGGCUCGGGCUAUCGCAUACUCUUGGCUAUGCUCUUGGAUCGCCAUAUCAGAUCCCGCAUGGUAUAACUUCAUGUCUUACACUUGGUCACGUUGUGAAGCUGAAGGCGCAGAGCUCUGAUGACGAUGCGGCACAGCUCGCACGUAUGGCACCGUUCAUCGGUGUGAAGUCUUCUGGCGACAACCAAAAGGAUGGUGUUGCCGUGGGUGAUGCGAUCCUGGAUUUGGUGAAGAGCCUAGAUCUGAAGACGACCUUGACGGAGAAGGGUGUUGGUAAGGACCAGAUCCACACGAUCGUGAACCUGGCUACACGGCAAGAGAGUGGACCUGUGUAUGAUAAGGUCAAGGAGCUUGUUGAAGGCCUGUAUUAG